AUGAUGCCUCUUUGUGUUUCUCCGUCAGUGCAUGUGCACGAAAAGUUUUUUUGUUUUAGGUGUGUGUUUGUUGUAACGGUGUGCCUGCACCUCUUUUUUCAUACUGUCUUUGCUUCUACCGCUGCGGCGGACAGCAACGCGGGGUUGACGGUGACGCAGGCGAUAACAGACGAGUGUCGAUGGGGGUUCCGUGGCGCCGGGUAUCACAUGCAUUUAGCCGUGGAGUUUCCGCUACACUAUGACGAGGUUUGCGUCUUCCUUGAGCUUCCCAGGGCCUUUUUUUUUGACGCGGCAGAGGUGAAGCAGCUUUACUCAAUCACCGCGUUGGGUGAAGAUGUCACCAGGGAAUAUACCCCGCUUGACAUCAACUCGACGUUUUUUUUUGACAUUGAAGCGCCUGCCUUCCUUGUGGGGUACAAGGUGAACAGCGUGCGCGUCACAUUCAGACAGCUGUCGUCAAGGGAAGGGGCAACAAAGAAGCGGAAUCCUACGGCGAAAGGGCUUCUUCUGCUGCCUAUUCAUGCUCGCUAUGAAGAGGUGGACACGGCGACGCCUUUUUCUCUGCAGGCAUUUUUUGGCAGAGAGUCUUUUGUGCGGCGAUGCAUUCCGGCGUUGUCCGUGCAGGACUGGAAGACCGCCGCGCGAUGCCACACGUUGCCCGCUCCCGUGGGGCAGGAGAGCCGCAGCCCGAGUGACAACAAAACUGUGGGGUCAUUGACGCCGAGCAAUUGUCUAGACAUUCCUGUUGCUCUUCUUUCGUCGGCGCCUUUGGUGUACAUCGCGUUGGUGGCGCUGCAGUGCGUUGGCGUCGUCAUUGUGGUGCUUUCGCUGCUGCGUGUUUAG